AUGGCUAGUGAGGAGAGUUUCGCUGUGUUGGUUCACCACAGAGGAUCCAUUAAGAAGAAAACUCGUUCCGGUGUGAAGUUCACUGAUAAGGAUCCUCUCUGUAUUAUCGUCACGCCUACGAUGAGGUAUGAGGACCUUGUUAGCUCUGUACUGCUGAAACUCGGUCUGGAAGGUCAUGUUUCAUUGUCGCCGGCAGUUUCUAGAGGUUCGGACACAGAACUGUUGGCAAAGUUGGUUGACGCGGUGUCCAGCUCGGGGGGUUCGAACCGGAAUACCACCACUUUAGCCACGAUAGCCGGUUCUAGCUCCAGACCUGCCGUUGCAUCUUCUUCCAUCCCCGCGUACGAGCCACCUGUCCAACCUGUCGCCUCCCCUUCGUUCGCUGUUGAUCUCAUCGGCAGUGUAGGUGACGAGGUCGGUGAAGGUGGGUAUCUACCGACAUCUUUACAGUGUGCUGCACCGGCUGGGGUUGGAGAUGGAUUCUUGGAUGAUCCAGAGGAUGAUGAUGUCGAGCCGGAUAUGAUUGCUGAUGAUAGUGGCGAUGAUGUUGGAGCAAGUGUGCCUGCUGGACUGGGCGGUGGUUCUAGCUCUGGCACGCAGCAGUACCCUCCACAUUUUUCCUCUUUGGACUUCGAUGCCAUGAGGCAGGAGGGGGUUGCUGGGCAGCCGGCUGGAUUUGGCGCUAGAGAUGCUGAAGGGUCUGCAGGUCUGACAGAGUUUCAGUACAAGGUCGUAGAGUCUGACUAUCGCCGAUAUGUGGGCAAGUGUUCUGAGUUCGGCAAUGGAUGCACAUGGUUGAUUCGGCUCAGUCUCCGACGGCGCAAGGGGAUUUGGGAGGUCAAAUGUUACAACGGACCGCAUACUUGUCUCGCCACCUCCAUUUCCAGCGACCAUAGGAGUUUGGAUUACCAUGUCAUAUCGGCAUUCAUUAUGCUAAUGGUGAGGGCUGAUGCAUCCGUCAGCAUCAAAGUGCUCAUAAAUGCCACCGCCGCACACUUUGGGUUUAGGCCGACUUACAGGAGGGUCUGGUUGGCAAAGCAGAAGGCUGUUGCCCUCAUCUAUGGUGAUUGGGAUGAGUCGUACAACGAGCUCCCAAGGUGGGUGUUAGGAGUGCAGUUGACGAUGCCUGGUACUGUUGCAGUGCUAAGGACGAGCCCUGUUCGUGUCGGUGGAUAG